AUGGACGGCUCACCAGAAGCAGAGUCGGGUCCGGACAGAAGACAAGCCCUCGCUUGCAGCUACUGUCGCAUUGAAAAAAUCAAGUGCAGUCGGACAAAUCCAUGUGAAAACUGCAUGGAUCGUGGAGAAGAAUGUACCUACCCUCUCGUGAAACGAAGGGUCGGAUCUAAGCGUGACAAGCCAAGAAAGGCCUUAGAAGAACGACUUGCGCGGAUGGAAUUUCUGCUUCAGCUUUCAAACAGCGAAAAUGCUGCAACCAGUUCAGCCAACAGAGAACAGCGGCCUGAAUUUUCAACUUCCGCACAAUCUGCUGAGAUGCAAAAUCCUGAGAGCCAGAGCCCUUUUUCCUCUGCCAUGUUAAAUGAUUCCGGUGAAAUUAUGGACGGGAUUAGCACUGCGGAAGUUGACCCAUUAAAAGAUCACCCAUCAUUUCAUUCUCAAAUGACACAAGAGACAUCGCACACGCUUCCACCUCUGCCUGCCCCCACCUUGACACGGCCACAACAUCUCACGCAUCACACGUUGCCUGAAGGUGUCCAAGAUUCAUCGCCGCAUGUUGAGUGUGCGGACCUUUUGGGUACCGAGGUUGGAUGGGAAUAUCAUGGGCCAACAUCGUUCUUAUCAAUCUGCUCCAUCCCAGGAAUCGCGUGGGUUUCGGAAAGUUCGGGGGAGCCGGGUUUCUUUGAGACAGCUAAAACCCUUGUGCUUAAUAUUGACUCACGGCUAAAGAUGCGACGCAAUCUGCGCCGCGAAACCAUUGCUGAGCCUGAUGAGGAUACCGCAUGGAAAUGGUGUAAAGCCUACUUCGAACAUUCUUUCGAUGCUAGUCUUGGGUUGGUGUCCCAACAGCACUUCGAAACACGCCUUCGCCAUCACUUCGCUCAGAGGGAUGUGACUGACGAUGACCCAGCUUGGUAUGCGCUGCGAAACACAGUGUAUGCCUCUGGGUACAGACUCAGCUCAUCCAAUAUGCCCUACUCAAAUAUGUUUGGGGAAAUUCACGGACAGGCUUGGCGAUACUUCGAAAAGGCCUUCUCCGUCCAUACUGAGCUUCUAUAUUGUGACACUGGUCUUACAGCCGUGCAAGCGUUGACAUCAAUGAGCUUCUUCGCUGAAGGCCUGGGGAGCCCUUCUCUUGGGUACAUGCUUUCCUCCUGUGCGAUGCGACUAGCCCAGGCCAAAGGUCUUCACCGACAGCCGGCGCAGUCUUGGAAUCUACCACAAGCCGAACAACAGCAUCGAAUCCGUCUUUUUUGGACCCUCUAUAUUCUCGAGAAGCAUAUCAGCUACCGGUCCGGGCGGCCCUCGAUCAUUGACGAUGACGACAUCAGUUGCUCAUUGCCCAGUACUCAGCUUGCUGAUAACACCACAUACACGGACUCUUUCAUUUACAUAGUGCAGCAUGCUCGAAUUUCAUCUCGGAUCGCAAAGCAGUUGGCAAGUGGAAAGUCUUUCCGCCAAACACACGCGAAAAUCCUGGAAGUAAUCCAAGAACUCAACACGGAACUUCAAGAAUGGCGGGAUUCCUUGCCAUCCUUCUUACAGCCGGACGCACCCACUACGAGACAUGAAAAACGCCCACGAAACAUCAAUAUGUAUCAUGUCAUGUAUCUCCGCUACGCUUACUAUGGCAGCGUCAUGGCGAUUCAUUGUAUUCUCACACACCCUUGGAACAGCUCCCUCUUUGGUUCCGGUCAGACAGCGGCGUUGCACAGUCAUAUUUCAAUAAGUUCACAUGUUGUUGUUAAUGCGGCUAGGAGUAUAAUACUGGACACCAACGCGAUUCAUGUCGAUGCAUCGACACCUAUAUGGUUGGCAUUCUAUUUUCCCCUCGUCAGUGCCAUCAAUAUUUUUAUCUACACUUUGAAGUAUCCUGCGCUUCCAACAGCAUCGUCUGACUUGGCACUACUGGACAUCGCCACUGGCCACUUUAGCCGCUUGGAGUUGGUAUCUCCAGACAUUGCCUUGCCUUUCGUCAGGGAAAUUGCAAGAUUGGCCCGCGCAACCGUCGAAUGUGUGAAUAAAGUGGCGACAUCUCCUAGCUCGUUGCUAAGACCAGACCUCCAAGCGUUUCCAGUUACGCCACCGUUUCUGCAGAAUUCUGAGGACAAUACUUCACUGAAGGAAGAUAUGCUUGAGUUGUACUCAGAUAAUUGGAGUACAAUGUUUCCAUGUUUGAACGACGAAUUCCCAAGAAAUUAUUGA